CGUGGUAUAAGCCCCCAGUCUAAGGUUGUAGAUGUAGUGGGGUGUAUAAAAGGAAUCAUAAACGACCAUUGUUUUGUGCAGUGUCGAAUCUUUUUUCUUUUAACUUCUCUGUAGGAAAUAUGCCCGAAAAGGAACUUGAUUACAUCCAUUCCAGAGACGCUGCUGAUGGGUCUUCCACAGAAAAAAACGGCGGUGUUUAUAUCGAUGCCUUUGACAAGAGUGACAAUGCUGUACCAUUGACUGGCUUUGCCAAAUUUGUUGACUCUUUCAAAAGAUAUGACUCUGAAGAACUUGGUUUGGACCCAAACUUAACCGAAGUGGAACGUGCAGCCAUUGUUACUGCAAACUCUCCAUUGUCACGUUCUCUUAAAAACAGACAUUUGCAAAUGAUUGCCAUUGGUGGUUCCAUCGGUACUGGUUUAUUCGUUGGUUCCGGUAAGACCUUGAGGGCUGGUGGCCCCGCUGGGGUCCUUAUUGCCUAUAUUUUGAUUGGUUCUAUGAUGUACUGCACUGUCCAGUCCCUUGGUGAGCUCGCUAUAACGUUCCCGGUUUCUGGGGCCUUUGUCACCUACAACACCAGAUUCAUUGAUCCAUCUUGGGGUUUCGCCAUGGCUUGGAAUUAUGCUUUACAAUGGCUUGUUAUUUUACCGUUGGAAUUGGUGGCGGCUGCAAUGACAAUUGAAUAUUGGACAACCUCCAUUAAUCCAGCAGCCUUUGUGGCUGUCUUUUAUGUUUUCAUUGUUGCCAUCAACUUCUUUGGUGUUAAAGGGUAUGGUGAGGCUGAAUUUGCCUUUUCAGCCAUCAAAGUUCUUGCCGUUUGCGGUUUCAUUAUCUUGGGUAUUGUCCUUGUUUGUGGGGGUGGCCCAAAAGGUGGUUACAUUGGUGGUAGAUAUUGGAGUGAUCCAGGUGCUUUUGCGAACGGUUUCAAAGGUGUAUGUUCUGUUUUUGUGACUGCAGCAUUUGCCUUUGCUGGUACCGAACUUGUUGGCUUAGCAGCUGCUGAAUCGGAAAACCCAAGAAAAUCCUUACCAACAGCCACUAAACAAGUUUUCUGGAGAAUUACUCUUUUCUAUGUGAUCUCUCUUACUCUUGUUGGAUUGCUUGUUCCAUACACUGACGAGAGGUUGAUUGGUGCCAGUUCUGUUGAUGCUACGGCCUCUCCAUUUGUCCUUGCAAUUCAAAAUGGGGGUAUUAGUGGCCUUCCCUCUGUUAUGAAUGCUGUCAUCAUGAUUGCUGUCCUUUCUGUUGGGAACUCCUCUGUUUUUGGAUCUUCAAGAACUUUGGCUGCCCUUGCAGCUGCAGGUCAAGCACCAAAAAUCUUGGGCUACAUUGACAAGCAAGGUCGUCCUCUUGUUGCUAUUAUUCUUCAAUGUGUUUUCGGUCUUUUAGGUUUUGUUACAGCUUCCGAUAAAUUUGGCGAAAUUUUUGAUUGGCUUCUUGCUCUCUCUGGUUUAUCUUCUCUUUUCACUUGGGGUUCCAUUAACUUCUGUCUUAUUCGUUUCAGAAGAGCUUUGAAAGUAAAGGGUAGAGAUACUAGUGAGCUCACAUAUACUGCCCAAGCGGGUGUAUAUGGUGCUUGGUAUGGGUUCAUUUUGAAUGUCUUGGUACUUAUUGCUCAAUUCUGGAUCGCUUUGUUCCCAUUGGGUGGUAAACCUGAUGCGUAUGGAUUCUUUGUCUCUUACUUGGGUUUACCAGUUAUAUUGUCUUUCUAUAUUUUCCACAAGAUUUGGAAGAAGAAUUGGAAAUUUUACAUUAGAGCUAAGGACAUUGAUAUCGACACCGGAAGAAGGGAAUUAGAUUUAGAUUUGGUUAAGCAAGAAAUUGCCGAAGAAAAGGCUGCAAUUGCCGCUAAACCUUUCUAUAAGAGAUGGUACCACUUCUGGUGUUAA